UUACAACGGGAGAGAAAGACCAGAUCUUUUUGGCGGCAGCUGACUUGUUUCUUUUCGAAUAUAUUCCACUGGUUAUUGGACUGUCAUUAACUAUUAGAAGAGCUACUGAGGUUAAUGGCUUUUUUGCCGAAGCUAAGUCGGUCCUUUUUUGCCGAAGCUAAGUCGGUCAAAGCUGUAUUCAAUCUUUUUCUUUAUCUGCUUGGAGGUCAUGUAUUUGGAGAGUUAUGGUACUCUUUUGCUAUCGAUAAAAUUUUGCAGUGUUGGAGGGAAGACUAUUUUUUGAGGAAGAAUUCUAAACCUGAUUCUUUCCUCUGUCGUGAUAUGCAUAAGAAUAAAGAACAUGUACGUUGUCCUAAAAUAACACAAAAUGUUAGCGAGAUCACAGCGUUUGGAAUAUUCAACGAAGCUAUUAAGUCUGGUAUUGUGGAAAGGAAACCCCAAUUUCUGCGGAAGAUUUUAUACUGUUUUAGAUGGGGCAUGCAAGCUCUCAGGUUGGUACAUGUUCUACUUAUCUCAACAUGCUUAAGAUUGAAGCUCAUUGAAUCUAAUUUCCACUAAUGGUGCUCCCGGCAAAACAGACAUAUCUGACAUCCGAAGAAAAAUCAGUGAAACAAACGGUAAAGCAGUGGAUGUCCCUCAAGAAGCUCUCCGAAAAUCUGCAAAAGAAAGUGAUAAAAAAUUUACAGCUAGACAAAGGACAAGAAACCAAAAUUCUUCACAUAGAAACUUUUUUUCAAUGUUCUUCCUGAGAAGCUCCACCGUGACAUAAAGAUCGAGCUCUGCUUACCAAAGUUGAAGAAAGUGAGUACCUUGGUUUAUACUUUCUAUAGCCUUGAUUGAACUUCAAAUGUU